AUGAUGUAUUUAAACAAAUUUAUUCUGAUAUUACUUGCAGCAUUUUACAGUUUCAGCUUUAACGUUCAAUGUAAUCUGUAUUCUGCCCGUUCGCGAAGGGUUUUACCAGCUGAUUCAUAUACAAUAUUAGGACAAGCUGGUUUUCGACGCUUAGGUCAGUGUAAUAUCACUUAUGCGUGGUUGAUGUCUCCGCCAACAUCUAGUUUAGAUGCUUAUGGACAUGCUUCAGCAUGUACAAGACUACAGUUGUUAGAUGGUCAAAUAGUACCCACUUCUUCUUAUGAUUAUCCUGAUGAUUAUGCUACUAAGAGUGAUAGAGAAGUGAAUCAGGCUGAAAAAGAAUUGAAGCAUAUCAAUAAAGAAUGGUCAGCGUCUUUAGUUGACUUAGAACGUCUUGAUGUGUUGAUACGUGCAGAGGUUAUCGGUAUUGGUCAACCGAAACAAUUGGCUAGUGAUGCACGUUAUUUUUUUCUUGCUGAUCGUGUCGGUGAUUUAAAUUUAAUGGCUGUUCUACGUCCAGAUAAACAAUUAAAGCUCGAAUUAAUCAACCCGUUGGCUUCGGAACACUUAGUUUUAACACCACAACAUGUACUUUGUCUACGUAAACAAUGCCCUGUAAAUACCCAUGAAACAAAUUCGAGUGUACCAAAGCAAGAGAAUACUAGCACAAUUUCUGGGACAGCAGCGACUGCAGCUGCACUGACUAAAGCGGAACGUCAGAAUCGUGAGCUUUAUAUGCAGUUGGUUAUCUCACGUGUUGUAUGUGCCUUAAUAAGCUUCAUGUGUGUUGUAUUCGCUUUAACAUCACUAACUCUGUGCAUUCGACUCAGAAGAAGUCCUCAUUAUUGCAAAAAGCGAAUGGUACGAUCAUCUCAAGCAAGUAUUUGUAAAGAGCCACACCCAUCACCAUCAUUCUGUCAAAUGAAUGGCAAAGUAAGUAUGGGUCAGGUAUCACCAUUGUUCAUUACUGAUCAAUCGCCUAGGCAUUUCGGAAUGACUCAUCUGCAGAGUGAAACAGCCAGUAUGAAUAAUAUUGUAAUGACAGGGAGCAACAUGAGUGCAUGUGAAGGGCAAACUGGUCUACAAAAUAUCCCAAUUUCAUAUUCAGCUCUAGGUCCACAAUAUGCACAAAUAUCAGGAUAUCCAAUAUCUGGUGGACCUAUAGCGUCAUAUAAUGAUACAUCUGGCUUGAUUACAAUUUAUCCAGUGCCAUCGCGGGGUUCUAUUAGCUCAACACAUCAUGGAUUAUUAUUACAAUGUCAAAAUGGUUCUACUAGUCCAGCGCCAUCCACUCAUUCUGAAGAUAAGAAUGGCAUGUCACGUACAGGCUCCUUAGGAAGAUACUCACGUAACAGCGUCUGUUAUGGGGAUGGAACGCGUAGAAAAGUUAUGUAUCAAAUGAGAAAAUCACAACAGAAUCCGUUACAUUCAGUUCGACAACAGAAUGAUGUUUCUACCCCCCUUCCGAAUAACCGACCAAUUCCUAUGUCUCAGCAACAAAUCCAAUCAUUAAAGCUUGAAAAUAAUAAUACUAAUAAUUCCACCAAACCAGAGGAUUUAAUCACUUUUCAACAGACACCUAAUUUCACUACAGCAGUACAUCGCUUUCCUUCUGAAGUACAAUUUAAUGGAGUGAAAAAUAUACCAUCAAUUGAUAUUGAAGAAGACAAUUCAGAUGUAUUAAAGUCCAGUGCUUUUAAUCAUGUCGGUGAAUCAUGUGUUGGUGUAAUACGUAAACCUGCUCACGUAAAUUGA